ACCCUCGUUUAGCUCGAGCUUACUUCGGUUCAAAUUUUAUUAUUAAUCUAAUCAAUUUUUAUGGCUAUGAGUGGCGAUGCUACGGAUUGGGCCCACUUCUACGCUCUCGGCUCGCAUCCUUCCUCGACGUCGGCCAUGUUCGGGCACGGCCCGGCCGAGUCGACCGUCGUGACGACCGCCGCUGCAGCAGCCUCCGCCGCCACCGCCUCCGCCGCCGGUUGUGGGCCGCAAAUGGGCCGGGCCGGGAAGACGGCCCGCAGGCGGUCGCGGGCCUCGCGUCGGGCCCCGACGACGCUGCUCAACACCGACACCGCCAACUUCCGCGCCAUGGUGCAGCAGUUCACCGGCAUCCCGUCCGGCCCCCCGGCCCACCUCCCCCCGACCGCCGGGCCCGUCAUCAACUUCGGGCCCAUGUUCGGCGAUUCGGCUCGGCCCGCCCCCACCGUCGUCUCCUUCGGCCACAUGCAGCAGCAGCAGCAGCCCUCCUACAUGGACCAGUUCCACUACAGCCGACCUGUGUUCACCCAAGAUCUCUACAAUAGUAGUAAUAAUAAUAACAACAACAACAACAACAACAACAAUAAUAAUAAUAAUAAUAGUAACACGGGUGGUAAAAAUGAUCAAGAUGAUAUAUAUGUUCAUGGCUACAGCGGUGGCGGUAGCGUGUCGUCGGCAUCGCAGGCGGAGAUGAGCGAAGGAUUCGUCUUCGACGGCGUGCACGAUCAGAUGAUGCUGCCGAAGACGACGGCGCCCUCCGCUAAUAGCAGAGUCGACGGGUACUUCUCUUAAUUAGAUAUUAUAAAUGCAUGCAAUAUCCAAUUUAUUUUGGGUUAGAGAGAGAUAAUUAAGGAGGGGAUCGAGCCCAUUAUCAACAACACAUGUAAAUAUUUUUAUUUUAUUUUAUUUUAUUUUUUUGUUUUCUCUACGGUGUUAUAUUACUUAUUUCAGAAGAAGAAGAAGAAGAAGUCGUAAGGAAUCUUUCUAGAACAACUUUAUGUGUUUUUUUUUUUUUUUUUUAUGAUGAUAUUAUUAUAAACGUGCGCGAAGGGGAUGAAUUUAAUGAGUGGAGAAAGUGGGGUCCACGUAGUUGGCAUCGCGCGGUGUCAAAGUCAAAAUCACGCUUGUCGUGUUUCGACUAGAACAGUAGAGUUUGAUGUUGACGAGCACUUUAGAUUGUUUUUUUUCCCCUUUGUUUUAUUUUUGUGUGUUUUUUUGGGGAGAUAAAAGUUUUACUAGAGCUAUAUACCAAUUUGGUUUUUUCCU